AUGGCGCUUAACAAAGGCGCGGCAGCCGAGCCUGGAGGCGUAGCCGUCUCCCCUCCCGGUGACAGGCGAUGCAUGCAGUUCAGCGCUCUGGAAGAUGGGGCGAAGCGACGAGAAAGCGGAAACCGGGCAAUUAAGCUCGCCGUCGCAGCCGCCCAAACGGCAGCGCGCGCUGUGGCGUCUCCUGCACCCUGCGCUCGGCGCCUAACGGAGAAUGUGGAUCUCCUGAUUGAUCUCGCGUUCCUUCCUCUCGCCUCGAGACCGAUGGCCCGCUCGAUGGGAAAGAACGCAGAUUCCGAGGGGGCGCCGAAGAAGCGCAGAAGAAGCCGAGACGGCGGGAGAGGCGCUACCUGUGUGGACGGUGCAGGUGGGAGAGGAGGCACUCCAGGAGGAGACAGAACCCAGAGAAGGAAAGUGUCUCUCUCGGCUCUUUGGGACCCAGCAACGGAAGAGGACUCCAGCGGCGCCAGCGACGGUGGAUCUGAGGCGGCGAUGCAUUCGUCCAGCGGGCUGCAUAGAGCGUUCAAAAGAACAGAUGUGCCCGCCUCCUCGAUGCAGCCCACUCCCGCCUCUGGAGCUCCGUCGCCUCGUCGCGCUGUGGAGAAGGAAGAGACGGGCGAGCCGCCCGAAGAGGAAACACCAGUCUCGGGGCGCCAGAGGAGAGACGGGCCGGACAGAAGUGAGGGCGACACGGAGGCGCGAAUCCGCCUCUCUCUCUUUGCUCGGCACCCCGCGGCCUGGGGUCUGUCUUUGCGUGCCCUUGAGAAAGCAGCCUCGGUCUUGUCGCGCCUCGAGUGUCUUCGGGACGAAGAUCUCGCCUCGCGGCGGCAACUUCUCUCUUCGCUCCGAGAGGAAAUCGCUCUCUUCUCAGACUCUCCAGUCUCCUCGACAGGCGACGCUUCUCGCGAUUUCGGCGGGAAUGCCUCGGGUCACAGCUCGAAGAGCAGUGCAAGCAAAGGGUGUUUGUUGCCUGAAAGCCGAAACGCAGAACACACCGGGGGCGUUGGUGAGGCCCAGACACGUGGAGGCUUCGUCGACGCCUCGGAAAAUGCUUUCUGUCGAAACGUUCGCGAAGAGCUAACAACGCGACUUUCCUGUCGCGCGCUCUUCGCGGCCCGCCUGCUGCGCCUCCUGGCAAACGCAGGCCUUCCCUUUCUGCAACUACCCCUCCCGCCGCCUCGCCUGCGGGCGGCAAGAAGGCACUCGAGCCAGCGUAUGCAUGCGAACAGCUUGCUUCCCGAGGCCUCGGACCGCGAGCGUGUGGACUUCGCUGAAGAGGCGGAAGAUGCCGCCUUCGAGAUCUCGCCCUCUCUCUGCUUCGGCGGAGAGACGCCGCUCCAUGUGAACCAAGAAGGCGUGCAGACCCCCACUGGCGGACGCCAGGAGGGCGGGUUUUCUUUCCGAGUGUCUCCCUUUGUCCCUCUUUCGCUGGCGCCCCCGCCCCUCGCCUCCCCGCAACUCCUUCACCGCGAGUUGGCGGCGCUCCUUCGCUUGUGCUGUCUCUUCACCUCGCUCUCUCUCGCUUCGCCUGCCCUGAAACUUGAGACCGAGGCGUCUGCUGGCGCGUCGUCGCGAGACAAACGGCGGCCGGGAGAACGAGCGGGGACAUUGCUCGGCGGACGCGGGGCGAAACCUGGAAGCGGAGAAGCGGAGACACCUCUGUGGGAUGAGAGGUUCGGGCGGGCGACCUCUGAGACUCUGUACGAGGCGACGGCGGCGCUUCUGGCCCACAUCGUGACGCAACAGCAGCUGGACGGGGGGACAUCAGUCCCUCUGUUGCAGCAGAAGACCGGCCUCCAGCGAGUGGUGUCUCUGCUUCGUCUUUUCUGCAUUUCAGGUGCGGAAACGGGUUCCCUCUCUUCGCUUUCACGCUCAGGUGCCGAGAGCUGUGAGACGGUACCAGCCCGCGAGGAAGCGGCCCGCACCCAGACGAGCCUCUUUUCCCGGGCCGUGUUUGCACGGGUGUGUGUGGGGCUCGUGCGGGCCCUCGCCCAACUAGCGAUGUCUCCGGCGACGGGGGGGCGCGUCCACCUGGCCAGCGCGGAGCACCGCGCGCUCUUUCGACUUGCGUUUCUGCGCGAGUCUCCUCUGCUUCUGCUCCUGCUUCAGGAGGCAGUGUCUGUCGCGUUCUCGCUCGUGGAAAGGGACGCCUCGCAACGCGACACAGUGUCUCUCCUGGGCGUGUGCUCCGAAGAGUCUGGAGGGCUAGCCGGGAGACAGUUCGAGACCCCACACCAAGGGACAUCCCCGCCUGCAGAGCCGGCUGGGCCCUUCCAGGAGCUCCUCGUGGUUGCCUUGGAAACCACAAGGCAGAUUCUUCAGUUCUGGGAGAGGCGUCUCGCGAGCGAAAUGGGAAGGCGAUCGCCUCUCGCUCUGCAUAGAAGCGAGGACCAAGGAGCAACGAAAGGCUCUACCCAGUGCACUGGACCGCGGGGCGGGCCGCCUGGAGAAGGUGCGAAGAGACAGGGAGACGGAGACAGGCAGACAGAUGCGAAUUGCAUAGCCACAGUAGGGGAGGCUUCCGGGAGCGAGAGGGGAGAGAAAGAAAGUAACUCUUCCUCGGGGGAGAAGGACGAGGAAAAGGGCGGCGUGGAUCUGUCGAGAAGCUCGUCGGAGCAGGCGUAUGGGCUCCGCGUCAGGCGACAAGGCAGCGGAGAUUUCUUUUUGGAGCAAGACGUUCGCAUCGAGGGCGUUGUUGCAGCCUUAGUCGUUGGAGACGGAGAGAUCGUGCGCCGCCUUGUCAGAUCGCUUCUGUUGCUUCUUGAGGCAAUCCCUGGAAUAGCGACUCCUGACGCAGUACCUGGGUCUUCUUCCCCACCCAGUGGGAAACUGCUUUUGUUGACCUCCUCUUCGCGCCCGUUUCUUUCGUCCAAUCGGGAAUCGCGUGUGCAUGCGCUGGCGAGUGAGGUGGUUGCUCUUCUCUUCUCGCUCUCUUCUUCCUUCUUCUUCCUCGCCCCGCCUUCCCCCCUGCCCCGCCCUCCACUCCGGAAGGUCUACGUCUCUGGGUGUGUCGCGUCUCUCUCGCCCUCUUCUUCGCCCUCCGGGAGUGAAUCUUCUUCAGCGCGUGCGUCUCGGCCCCUUCUGUCCAUCGCCUCGGCCUGUGAGAUGCCGGCGGGCGACUUGUCCGCUCGCAUCGAAGCUGCAGCGAGAGAAGCCCCUCCCGUUCUGCCGCGACUUCUCCUUUGGCUCCAGAUGGCUGUUGGAAGAAAUUUGAGCCAGGUGACGGCGCGUCUGCUCCCGAUGCUGCGACAGGCGUCGCCGCGCCUCGCCCUCUCGCAACGGCGCGCGCUUCGUCUCCUGCUUCUCUGGAUUUUCCCUCUCUCUCGCCAGCUAGCCCCGUCGCUCCUGGCAGCCCAUCUUCUCGGGGAGGCGUCUCUGAGAGACAGCGCCACGAAGAAAGAGGAAGGAAGUCGCGCUCGCGGAGGCGCCUCGUCGCCUGCGGACCUAGGAAAACGGGGGAAGGAAAAAGGCGCGAAACACGAGAAACCCGAAAACGGCGACUCGGGACUCAAGGGUUGGGGCCUCGGAGAAAACGCGAUUUUUGCGCUGUCAACACGUCUAAACUUGCCCGUUGUGGGGUGCGUUUCCAGCGGGGAGGAGACGGCGGGGCGAGGGCGACAGGGGCCAGAGACACCCCGGAAGAGUGUGGGGGCGACCCGGGACGGGCGAGCCGAUGCGGCGAUCUCCCGAAGGAGAAGCCGAAGCAGUGCUGAAGACAGAGAGAAGACCGAGGCCAAUGCCCAGGGCCGAGACUCAGAUGAGAGCACCGACCCUAGGAGUGGGACGGGAGAACAUUCUUCUCCCGUGGAAUGGCCCUCACCUCCAAUCCUGAUCAUCUUGAGAUUCCUUGCCCACCUGCAGCGCGUGAACGGCCUGGAUGGUCGCGACGCUUUCACCGCUGUCGAGGCUCUGUCUCUCUUCCUGUCUCCCUUCCACUCCCUCCUGUCGUCUUCUCCUUUCGAGACAGGCGAACAGACUUCCGUGUCUCUUUGCAGCCAGGUGACCGAGGACCUCAGGCCCGCCACGCGAGAAGCCGGCCUGUCAAAGAGAGAAAGCGCCAAGGAGACACCAAGAGGCGGCCGCGUGGAAGUGCUCGAAGGCGCGGAAGGAGACGGGCGUAACGAGACUCUUGUGGAGAGGAAAAUCCGUGAAUCUCUCUGCAGAACGCUGAACAAAGAGGGGCUUCUCCCCGAGCUCCUGGACGCCGUCUUGCGCGCCUCGAUGUUGCCAUCCUGCAAGAGCGGGGCCGAUGAGUGUCGCCGUUCCGGCGGCGACCAAGCGGAAACAGACAGAGACAGCAAAGGGGCCGAGACACCUGCAGCGUUCCCAGACUGCGCAGAUGCAAGUUGCAUCUGUUGGGAACCGCCCCUGCAGCAACGCGAGUUAUGUAGACGGUUUUUGAGUCUCCUCGUGUUUCUCUGUGCCGAGUCGCUGGUCCCAAGUUUGACGAAAGUUCUCCGCGUGGCGUCAGCCAUCCCUGCCCCAUCCGCCUCGUCUUCUGCCGCGCGCCGGCGGGGCGAGAAGAGUCAGGACACUUCGAGCCCAAGCGGAGACAAGUCUCCGGUUUGGGCUCCUGUGUGGGAGCCGUACGGGUUGCAAGGAGAGGAGCGAGAAGCGAGAGAGGACGAGCAAGCGACGUUCGUGGAGAUCGCCUUGUGGGCGUGUCGCCAAGCCCGCGACGCCGCCACGAUGUGCGGUCUGCUGUGGCCUCCCUCUCCGCAGCUCCACGCUGUCGCUGUCGACCUUCUGGGGAUCUAUCGGCAGAGGAAGGAAGAGGAAGAGCGGGCAGCGGGGCGGUCCUGCCAGCCUGAAGCGGAGAAUGCCAAGGGCGUUUCGGGGCCUGGCAACGGCCCCAGACCACCGGCUGGGGCGGGUAGAAGAUACAACAGUGGGGACAAGGCAGCGGGACCUCAGGCGCUGGACGACCGAAGCUGCACCAAGAGAGGCCGAGCCCCUGAGCAGAACGGCAAACACGAGGAAGACAGUCUUCUCAAGAGUCAGGCGGCUUGCUGGCGCCUUCUCCCUUUCGUCGGAGCUGCGGCGUGUCUCGGAGACGCCUUCUGGGUGGCCUGUGGGGGUCCCCAACCAGGCGUGAUGAAACGCGAACCCGACAGUGACGAGGGGAGCGGCAGCGAGCGUCUCUCUGGCGCGGCGAGCCUCUGCGACAUCGCGCAGCACACUCUCACCUGUACGUUCUUGGUAGAAGACGUCGUGCAGGCUGAGGACCGCCUGCUAGAUGCUCCACGUCUGUGCUGGUUUCUCUGGAGAGAAAUACGUCGUGUGCUCCUGGACGCUCUCGUCUUGCUCAAUGCCGAGCUCCUUGCGGCUCAAGCGACGACACAGCGGGUCGAUCUCCACUCGCGAGAGACCCGCAGGGAAGCAGCGUCUCCUCUGCGUCCCUCUUCUCUCACCGAAGGUCGAGAGUCGAUGGUGGGACGGGAAGCCGGACGGAGAAGCGACGAAAAGGGGCGAGAAGAGACACGCGUGGACAUGGCAGUCCUUCGCCGUCUCCAGUUUCGUCUGCGCCGGGUUCUCCUCCUGAUCUUUCGGGAUUUGCAGAGCUUCUGCACGGUUCCGUUCGGAGACGAGACCACGCUCGCGGGCCGUUUCCGCUGCAGUCGCAGUGUCUCCCUCCUCCAGGGCAUGCAGCUCUUGCACGACCGAGAGGCGUGUCAGGACGAGCAGCUGGUUGCGGCCAUCUCGGCGUCCCUGUAUCUCCUUGACCUGUGGCUGACAGACGACAGCGAGAAGACUCAGCCGCUAACAAAAGCCGACAGAGGAGUCGAGGAGACCGCAGAGGUUUCCUCACAGCAGCCUCACGACGCUUCUUCUCCCUCGAACAGCUGGCGGCUCGCUGUCUCUGCGGCGAGAGACACGCCGGCGCGAGGCCACGACAGGGUAGGCACUGCGGCGACCGCGCCCUGGCUCUGGGGGGACAGAGGCGACGGAGGGCGGCCCGGGCCCGGAGCGGACGGGGAAGGCGAGGAAACGGUCGCGAGUCCCUUUGCCGACUUGGUGGCGAGAGAAGAGGGUGGGGAGUUUCAGCGAAAGACUGAAGAACGUGUGGUGGCCAGGCAGGUAUCUCUUCACUUCAUGGCGCUCCGAGGCUGGCUGCUCGCCUCCAAGGUGACGCAGACAAACAGAGAGAUGAAGCCGCUGGACCUUCGAGCGAGGCAAGCAGAGAAAAGACGCUCUGGAUCGCCCUCGACAAAGGCUGCAGCCCGCCGUGCGUCUUCCCGUCUUUCUUUUGGCAAGGGCGAGCGAAGGGAGAGUGCCAUUCCUUCGUUGUGGAAUUCUCAGAUCCACGCUGUUCAGAGACUUCUCUUCCAUGGAGACAGCUUUCCCGAGGCCCUCCAGUUUGCGAGCGCCAGCGCACCUUCCUGUCUGACACAUUCGUCUUUCGUGCAUGCAGCGUCCGACUCGGCGCCGCGGCCGCGCGACCUUGCGCCGGCGGUGCGCUCUGAGGCCAAGGGCGAGGGGAAGCAGACCCUCCCGCAGAGUGCCGGGAACGUCAGGGUCGCCGUCUGUGGCCGGAACGCGGGCAGAACUGGAGGCGCUUCGCUCACGCUCCUGGCGGCUGUGUGGCGUGCUCUCGCGCUGGCGUUUUCCUCCCUGUCUCACCAGUUUGUCCCUGCUGCUCUGCCUGGCCGCCGGGCGUCGCCGUCAGGCCUGGGAGUGAGAACGCGCCCGCCAGAGACAGCCAGAAAUCUCAAGCUGCACAUCCUCCGAGGCCUCUCUAACUUCAUGGUCCAGUGUGCCUUCUCGCCCCUUCCAAGUCCAGCAGACCUCCCCGGCUCGGCGUCUUCCUCCGCUGCAGCUGUGACGUUCGAGAUGGGGAAGGAGAGCGGAGCAGCCGAUGAGGGCGAAGCCGAGACAGUCACCGCGGGAGAGAAAGGGGAGCGAAAGCAGAAGAGCAGCGACGCAGUGACGCAGGUGGAUAUGCGACGCUCAGCGACGGUCCUGACGGCGGGGUUGCUGCCGCUCAUUCACAGCGUCGGUUCCACCAGUCCGGCGUGUGCGUGUGGGGCGGAAGAAAGGACUGUUCUUCUGGACACGGUUCUGACGUUUCUUCGCUCGCUUCUCGACCAAGUCGCCACGACUCGUCUCCACCCGCGCCGAUGUUUUUGCUGCUCUUGCCAGGGCCUCGCGGCCUCGACACGGAGAAAAGGCGAGGCGCGCAGUCUCGACCCCACAAAGGCGGGCCCGCUUGGAGACUGCGGGAGGAAGGGUGGCUCGCCAGUUGGCGUCCUGGCGCCAGAACGAGGCGAAGAAGGCAAAGCGGGGCCAGGUAUCGCGGCCCCUGCAGGUGCACAGGCGGGUUUGUCUGGGGUUGCCGUCGCCGAGCUCGCCGAGAAAGGAAGCGACCUCCGCAAGACGGAUGAAACGCCUGCGGAGAGAGACAUCGAGCCUUCGGCACAGAAGACGGGAGAGCGCGGAGGAAGGGAGAGGGAAGUGCAAGAGAGAGAAGAGAAAGAUCUGGAGUGCCGUCUGUGUGGGGGGUGUUGUCACGACUGUGCGAAACCUCUCGUGGCGUCUCUGACCAAGGCGCGUGUCCUCUGGUCUUCCGUUCUCGAGGCUCUGCUUGCGUGCUUCGACUUUCCUCUCCUUCUUCUCCCUCUCUUAAACGAACGCAAGGGAUUCUCGGUUCUCCAAAAACUCAUCCACUUCCUGCUUCAGGGGGGACUGAGGGCCCUUCAGAUGGCCGUCCGAGAGAGUCGACAGACAGAAGCCGUUCUCUCGGCUUCGCAGGGUUCCCGAGAGGCGGCGAGCUGCCACGCUUCUGCGAGACUCGCCGAGGCGAGAAACGGGAGGGCAGAACUCGAGAGGGCCUGGGACCGGACCCUGGAGUGGCUCGGACGGCUCGUGCACGUAAGUCGGAAGACCGCUCCUUCGUGCUUCUCCAAGACCCUGGAUGUGUCUCUCUACGGCGGUGCCUGCACGCGGGCUUGUCGGAGACCGCGAGCGCUUGAGGCCCGCACGAAAGCGAAGAGAUCAGAGAACUGCGGCCCGCGGCCCCCUUCUCCAAGGGCGUCAUGCUGCGCGGCCGAGACGAAACGGGCUCGUCUCAGUGAAGACAAAUCUGGACGAGCAGGAAGAGGCGAACCUGAAGAUGCUCACCCGGCGGCGGAAGACGCAAGCCGCUGGAGGUCACAAGCGGGAACGAAGGGACGAGUGCGCUGCAGCUCUUGUGGAGACUGGCUCUCGGAUGGGGCUGACGAAGAUCCCUCCCUUGAAGGCCAGAAAACAGACGACUCGGAGGAGGAACUGGAGUCGGACUCCGAAAUCGCGGGGUGCGCGGUAGACCCCGCCACAUUAGCGUGGACCAUUGAGGAGAGCUGUGCUCGCGCUGCGACGGCCUUGCUCCAGCACCGCACGAAGGUUCCUCUGUCGCGAGUUCUUCGGCAAGAGCUUCUCCUCCGUCUCGGGUUUUCCGCAUUGACGCAAGACGCCCUUCUCCGGCAUCCGCUCCGCGGGCUGUAUUCAGUUCCCCCUACUUUCUCCUUUGCCUUUCCGGGCCAGUCUCCCCCCGCGCCCGGAGGGACAGUUCCGCUUGUGGGGAGGUCCCCAGAAGCGAUCGCCGUCGCCAGUUGGGCCCCUCCGCCGCUGCAGCCGCCGGGGACGCAAGGCCCAGGGGCGACAGGUGCCAGCGGAUGUAUCGGCGGCAGCGUGGGUCAACAGCCCCAGGCCGUCUUGCUUGGGCUCCAACAGCAUCAGGCGUUGCAGUCGAUGGAGGAGCAGAUGGUGCGGACGCUCGAAAUUCAACAGAUGACUGAGGGGAUUGCUGAAGAAAACGAAGGGACCGAUGGCGGCCCGCCCACACUCGUCGAGAUUCUUUUGCACACCGUCUGCUCGCUGCUCUUCGCGACCCGCGGAGAGAUGACGCCCGUCGAGACAGUUCAGUGGAGCAGUCUCUUCGGUCCGCUGUCUGGUGAUUCUCAAGUCACCGACCCUCCCCGUUCGUCUCGUGGAGCCUGGGAAGGCGAAGCCGACAGGAGCCGGUCGCGGGGCUGGGAGUUUGGUCUCGAGGACAGACGCCCACUGAGAACGGCUGGCGAGGUCGAGGAACGGGGACAGCUUCUCCUCUUUGCUAUGCUCGAGGCGCUGCUCCUGCCUCCUGCUGCCCGUGCGUUCAGCAAAUCUGGCUCCAGUGGAGACUCCUUCUCCGCAGGCGUCAACGAUCUCGCGUUUCCCUCUCAGAGCGGCCCCGCUGGCCCCACCGAUGCUCAGCGCGACAAGGCUGAAGGGACAGCCGGCGCCUACGAGCCGGUGCGCUGCGGUCUCACGGUCCCGCCCCGGCUCCAGCUGCGGAGAUGGCCCUUCGUCUUCACCUUUCAUCUCCUGGCCGGUUCGUGUCUGCCUCUGUGGGGCGCACAUUUUCUCCGCCGCAGCGCCUUUGCCUCCUGCUGUCCAUGCUGUCCUGCCCUCGAGAGCAAGGGAUCUGCGAACGACAGCGAGCGGUCGCCCUGCAUGGGCGAGAGGGCCAGCCCUCAAGCGGCCAGCCUUCCGCACCCCGGCCACGGAUCCGACGUCCUGGCUGCUCCGGCUUCUCUCGAGGCGACGAAAAACGCAUGUCCAAGGCUCCACUUUGUGCAUAGUUGGUGCGCCUGCUGUUACUGCUUUCCCCAGCCUCACAGUCCGUGCAUUAAGGCGCUGACAAUGGGAAACAGCUCUCUGGCGUUCGUGCCUCCGGCCCCCAUUGCGGCAGCGGCUUCUGCGGUUGCUGGAGUCGCGGCUCGUCUUGCCCCAGCUCUGCCGGGAUCUUCUCGCUCUUCUACACGCGCCGUCGAGGCGCUCGGCGUGCUACCCGGGGUGGGUCUGUCGUCCCUCGGCGGUGAGAGAACGGUUUCUAUCGAUCGCGAGGAAGGUCGGGCGAGUGUUCUCGUCUCGGAGACCGGCGAUUUAUUUGGCACACAGCUCGAGUCGGAGCCGCCUUGCGCCCCCGCAUCGCUGGCUGUCUUUGUCUCGGCCCUGGUUGCGGCGGCUUUCAAGCCCCAUCUGUUCUCGCUUCUUGACACGAAUGCAAGCUACGCGACAAACAUGUGGGAUGGGAACUCCGCCGGUGCUCUCUCGUCCAUCGUCGGGUACGGGGGAUCAGGUAGCGGCGGUAAAGGCGAGAGAGGCGACGGCGUGGGGACAACAGCGACACCGGCCACAAGCCGCGGGCCUGCUGCAAGCGCAGCAGUUUCUUCGGCUUCUGAGCAGUCUAACACAUCUCAAGCACUGCAACUCCCCUAUCUGCUGCAUUCGCCGCCGACCUUCCUGUUGCAUCCCCUGCAAGAAAUUCUUCUCGCGGGCUUGCCCCCUCGAUUUUCCUCGCUGUUUGUCGGCGUCCAGGCGCCGCAGCCAAGCAUCGUUCCUCCUAUCGCCCGGGUGGCUGCCGCUGUGGGCCAGGCGCUUCAGUUUACUGCCACGCACCGGCCGGCAGAGGCUUCCUGUCAGGUUCGGGAACCGGCCUGUCUCGACACCUGUCGCCCAGGGGCCUUCUUUUCGCUUCUGGAGGAAUUUCACAAAUGCUUCUUCGCCGUCGACUUUCUUCGUGUCGGAGCUCUCCUACAGCAGCAGCAACUCCUUCAUCGCCACCGGCAGCUCGACAGCUUAGUGGCCAUGGGCCGAGGAGCAGUCGGUGGCGUCGGCUUGGGCAGCCCCUCCUGCGAAGGAGACGCUGGGUCUCCGAGAGGGAACGGUCUCUCCUCGGAGGCCGAGGGGUUAGCUGCGCUCGCCGCAGGCAUUGGAGCGGCAGCGGCCGCUGGGGACGUGCUCGCGCUCCUACGUCUCAUGGCGCCGGUUAAGCCUGUGGGAACUGGACCGGCCUCCUCGCCCUCUUCAAAGGAGACGGUCACUGGAAAGGGCGCCGCAGGCGGGAAACGCGGCGGGAUCGGAGCUGCUGGUGGGGCCUUCGGCCACGGUGCAUUGGGUGGAGCAGCUGGCGACCAGCCUCGGAAAGUGCCAGGGGGGAAGGGGAAAGGGAAACGGUGA